AAGGCAAACCAGAGGCAGGACGUGGCGGCUUAGCUGAGCCUGAGUGAGAGGCGCCUGGUGGUCACAGGCUGGGUUUUGACAGGCAGGAAAUCAUAUGAUCAACAUGGAAGAGCUGGCCUGAGCUCCCUGUGUGCUGGCGGUGCGGACUUCCUGCCCUGGCCCUGGGCCUGGGCCUGGCCCUGCAGCUGAGUGAAAGAUGCCGGGGGGCGAGCGGUGAGGACUGAGCGGGCUCUGGGCUGCGGGCUGCGGGCUCCGGGCUGUCCCCCUCUCCCUCCCCCUCUCCCUCUCCCGGAGCUGCAGGUUUGAAGGGCGGACCCUGCUGGAACAUGAAGCCGGGCUCGGCGCCGCGAUAGGUCCAGCGGGUCUCGGGCUCUCUCUGCCUUCGGUGCGAAGUGGGGGCCGGGCGGGCGGUCGGUGCCCCCGCUCCCUCCCCCCACCCCCCCCCCCCCAGCCAUGGUGGACUUCCUGGCAGAGAAUAACCUCUGCGGCCAGGCAAUCCUCAGGAUCGUGUCCCGCGGUAACGCCAUCAUUGCAGAACUUUUGAGACUGUCCGAGUUCGUCCCCAGCGUUUACCGGCUCCGAGACAAGGCCGAGCAACACAAGUAUGGAGACAUCAUCUGUGACUUCAGCUACUUCAAGGGUCCGGAAUACUAUGAAAGCAAGUUGGAUUCUAAACCAGAGCUUCAGGAUCUAGAUGAAGAAUUUCGUGAAAAUCACAUUGAAAUAUUGACAAGAUUCUACCUUGCCUUUGAAAGUGUUCACAAAUACAUAUUUGAUCUGAACAGAUUCCUUGACGAUCUCAGUGAAGGUGUAUACAUUCAGCAGACCCUUGAAACAGUGCUCCUAAAUGAAGAUGGAAAGCAACUACUUUGUGAAGCCUUAUAUUUGUAUGGAGUCAUGCUGCUGGUUAUUGACCACAAGAUUGAAGGCGAGGUUAGAGAAAGGAUGCUGGUUUCCUACUACAGAUACAGUGCUGCUCGUUCUUCUUCUGAUUCCAAUCUGGAUGAUAUUUGCAAGCUGGUGCGUAGCACAGGGUAUUCAACUCUGGCAGGGGCAAAAAGACCCCCAAACUAUCCAGAGAGCUACUUUCAGAGAGUGCCAAUUAGCAAGACAUUCAUCUCAAUGAUCGUUGGUCGGCUACGAUCAGAUGAUAUUUACAAUCAGGUGUCAGCCUACCCAUUGCCAGAACACCGUAGCACAGCUCUAGCUACUCAGGCUGCCAUGCUUUAUGUCAUCCUCUACUUUGAACCAUCCAUUCUUCACACCCAGCAAGCCAAGAUGAGGGAGAUAGUGGAUAAAUACUUUCCAGACAACUGGGUGAUCAGCAUUUACAUGGGGAUCACAGUCAACCUGAUUGAGGCCUGGGAACCGUACAAAGCUGCAAAGACGGCCCUGAAUUAUACAUUGGAGCAGCCGAACAUCAGGGAGCAGGCAAGUCGAUACGGUACGAGUGUUGAGCGGCUGCGUCGGCAGGUGCAGCAGUUUCUGAAGGAAGGCUUCUUGAGGGAAGAGUAUGUGCUGGAUCACAUCCCUAAACUAUUAAACUGCCUGCGAGAUUGUAAUGUGACAAUUCGCUGGUUGAUGCUUCACACUGCAGAAUCGGUGUAUGAUCCAAACAACAAGCGUUUGCGUCAGAUUAAGGAUCAGGUUUUCAUCGACUCAAAGUACAACCCAAAAACCCUUUUCCAGCUUUUGCUGGACAGUGCUCAGUUUGAGUUUGUUUUAAAGGAGAUGUUUAAGCAAAUGCUGUCAGAGAAACAAGCCAAAUGGGAAAGCUAUCAGAAAGAGGGCUCUGAACGAAUGACUGAGCUGGCUGAGGUAUUCUCUGGAGUAAAGCCUCUAACCAGAGUGGAAAAAAAUGAAAACCUGCAAGCCUGGUUUCGGGAGAUCUCGAAGCAGAUUUCCUCCUUGAAUUACGAAGAUUCCACGGCAGCUGGGAGGAAGACCGUGCAGUUAAUCCAGGCUUUGGAAGAGGUCCAAGAGUUCCACCAACUGGAAUCAAAUUUGCAGAUCUGCCAGUUCUUGGCUGACACUCGCAAGUUUCUCCAUCAGAUGAUUCGCACCAUAAACAUUAAAGAGGAGGUCCUCAUCACCAUGCAGAUUAUAGGGGACUUGUCAUACGCCUGGCAGCUUAUUGACAGCUACACAACUAUCAUGCAAGAAGGUAUCCGAGUCAGUCCUUUCAUGGUAACCAAACUUAAAGCAACGUUUUUAAAGUUGGCAUCAGCUCUUGAUCUUCCACUGAUGCGAAUAAACCAAGCCAACAGUCCUGACCUUCUGAGCGUGUCCCAGUAUUAUUCCGGAGAGCUUGUGGCUUAUGUUAGAAAGGUUUUGCAGAUUAUUCCAGAGAGUAUGUUUACAUCCUUGGCAAAGAUUAUCAAGCUCCAAACCCACAGCAUUAUGGAAGUUCCAACUAGACUGGAUAAAGACAAGCUGAAGGAUUAUGCGCAGCUUGGCUCAAGAUAUGAGGUUGCAAGACUUACUCAUGCAAUAUCAAUUUUCACUGAAGGCAUUCUCAUGAUGAAGACUACCCUUGUUGGCAUUAUCAAGGUGGAUCCUAAGCAGUUGUUGGAAGAUGGGAUUCGGAAGGAGUUGGUCAGGCGAGUUGCCUAUGCUCUUCACAAGGGCCUCAUCUUUAACCCUAAAGCUAAGACGAGUGAACUGAUGCCCAAACUGAAAGAGAUGGCUGCCACGAUGGAUGGAUUCUACCGUUCCUUUGAAUAUAUACAAGAUUACGUCAGCAUUUAUGGGCUGAAGAUAUGGCAGGAGGAGGUGUCUCGAAUAAUCAACUACAAUGUGGAACAAGAGUGCAAUAAUUUCUUGAGGACAAAGAUUCUAGACUGGCAGAGCAUGUACCAGUCCACCCACAUUCCCAUACCCAAAUUCCAACCGGUUGACGAAUCUGUGACGUUCAUUGGUCGGCUCUGCAGUGAAAUUCUGAGAAUCACCGAUCCCAAAGCGACCUGCUACAUUGACCAGAUAAACACGUGGUACGACAUGAAGACUCACCAGGAAGUGACCAACAAACAGCUCUUCUCUGAAAUCCAAAACUCUUUAGGUACAUUUGGACUGAACGGGCUGGACAGGCUCCUCUGCUUCAUGAUUGUUAAGGAGAUCCAGAUUUUCCUCGAUAUGCUUCAUAGAAAUGUGCUAAGGGACAAGACUGUGAUGGACACGAUAAGACCCUUUCAGAUUCAUGUAAAUCCAGUAAAAGGAAUCGUAGUGAAUUCCAGCAAAGUGUAUUCUGCUGCUGUGGCGAAAACCCAGAAGAUCUGGUCAUCUUACCAGGAUUCCAUUCUAAAGGUGGGACAGAUGCAGAUAUUAAGACAGCAGAUUGCCAACGAAUUGAGCUAUUCCUGCAAGUUUGACUCAAAGCACCUUGCAGCAGCACUGGAAAAUCUUAACCAAUCCCUGUUAGCUGAUGUUGAAGCACAUUAUCAGGAUCCUACAUUACCAUACCCUAAAGAUGAUAACACGCUGCUUUAUGAAAUCACAGCUUACAUGGAGGCUGCUGGCAUUCACAACCCCCUUAGCAAGAUUUACAUUACCACAAAGAGGCUGCCAUAUUUUCCCGUGGUGAACUUUCUGUUCCUGAUCUCUCAGCUGCCAAAAGUGCAAUAUGUUAAGAACCAAGGAAUGGUGUGUAAAAAAUCGACGGAUCCCAUAGAUUGGCCACCUCUGGUGGUCGGACUGGUCACCCUGCUCAAGCAGUUCCACUCGCGUUACAUGGAACAUUUUCUUGCCUUAAUUGGCCAGUUUGUUCGUUCCACAGUGGAGCAGUGCACUACCAGUCAGAAAAUCCCAGAAAUGCCUGCAGAUGCUGUGGCUGCCUUGAUGUUCUUGGAAAAUUAUGUUUAUUACGCAAAGUUAUCCAGAAAGAUUGUGGAAGCACAUGUCCCUAGUUUCAUCUUUGAUGAGUUCAGGACAACUCUAUAAUGAUUUCUGAGAUGAAGAUACUAGUCUGCAAUGAAGUGAAGUAGAUUGUGUACUAAUGCCCAUGAAAUAUCUUUGGUUAACACGAAUAAGUCUGUCUUGGGGAAGUACUAAAACACGGAAAGGGUGAAAUUCCUCCUGUUGAGAAUUUUACAGAGAAAGAAAAUUGUGCGAGUACCAAGAGGAAUUCGCAUUUUGUACUUGCAAUGAUGGUAACGUUAUCUGCUGUAACCUCUUUUUCUAAAUAAAACCUUACAGCUCCAAGUUAUGUAUAACCUAAAUUCUGAUUCAAGUAAAUUGUGAAAAAAAAAAUGAUUACUUGAAGUAUUAUUAAACAAGAUUUCAUGGCUGUAAUAUAUUGCAUUUGAGUGAGCCAUAAAUUAUGCAAAAUUAAUGUUUUUUGUUUAAAACAUUACAAUUUGUAUUCUAUUAAAAACUGGAACUUCAAACAAAAUUGAAUGAAUUGCCUUGUUUAGGAAGGGUACAGAUUGACCCUCCUUCAAACAAAACAUUUUUACACUAGAAAUGUAGAUGAUUUUUGACUGUACAGCUAUUAAAAGUUCUUUCUAAUUA